AUGGCUUCCUGGCCCAAUGACAAAGGGUUCGACAAUGACUUCGAGCAACCCAAGCCUGUCCAACUCAAAGUCAAGGGCGAGAUCCCUCGCUACGCAGCUGGCGUUUUGUACAGAACAGGACCCAUGGGCUACAAAGUGCGGACCGACAAGGGCAACAUCUGGGCCGCCAACCACUGGUUCGAUGGUCUCUCUUCCAUACAUCGCUUCGAGAUCGAGUGUUCCGACGACGGUCCUGUGCAGGUCACGUACAGCUCCCGCCGCACCGUCGAUGAGUUACUGGAGGCCGUCAAGCGGACCGGCAAGCUGGACGGCAUCACCUUUGGCGCCAAGCGCGACCUCUGCAAGAGCAUAUUCGCCAAGUUCUUCACCAUGUUCACGGCGCCGAAGACGAGUGCCAACAACAUCGGCGUCACUGUGUCCGUCAACAUGCCCGGUGGAGGCUAUAUCAAGUCGGCCGAGAAGCCCCUUGUCAACGGCCACAGCAGUGACAAUCCUAUCGUGACGCUGCACGCCAAGAGUGACAGUAGUCUGCUGAAGAAAAUCAAUCCCGAGACACUGGAGCCGGAGGGAAUCGCUAUGCAGAGCUCGCUGCAUCCGGAUCUGAAGGGCCCAUUCUCUGCAGCACAUGCCAAGUCUGAUCCGGAGACGGGCGAUAUCUACAACUUCAAUCUCGAGUUUGGCCUCUCGCCCACGUACCGCAUCUUCUGCACGUCCGCUUCGACAGGAGAGACCUCUAUAUUGGCAAAGUUCACCGGCACUCCCGCGUACAUCCACUCCCUCUUCAUCACCCAGAACUACGUCGUCCUCUGCGUCUGGAACAGCCACGUGACCUGGGCCGGGCUGUCCAUUCCCUUCCACCAGAACGUCGUCGACGGCAUCGCGCCCUUCGACAAGAAGAAGAAAGCCGUCUGGUACGCCGUCGACCGGCGCAACGGCAAAGGCCUCGUCGCAACCUACGAAAGCGACCCCUUCUUCUGCUUCCACACCGUCAACGCCUGGGAAGAGCCCUCCGCCAGCAACCCCAAGAAAACCGACAUCAUCGCCGAGCUCGCCGCGUACGAAAACACCGACAUCAUCCACCGCUUCUACUACGACAACCUCGUCAGCUCCUCGCCCGCAAGCAAGAAGUACGCCGCCGGCAAGAAGAAGCGCGAAUCGUGCAUCCCCCGCCACACGCAAUUCCGCCUCCCCAGCGUCGACGCCGGCGUCUCGCCCUCCAAGCGCCUCCCGGCUGAGCUGCUCUUCCAAGCGAACCCCUUCACCUCCAUGGAGCUCCCGACCAUCAACCCCGCAUUCCUCACCAAGCGCCAUCGGUACGCAUACGGCAACUGCGAUCGCCUCAAGUCGUCCUUCCUCGACGGCAUCGUCAAGUUCGACAACGUCACGCAGACGGCCAUCUUCUGGGAGGAGGAGGCGCACACGCCGGGUGAGCCGAUCUUUAUUGCUGAUCCGCAGGGUACGGCAGAGGAUGACGGUGUUUUGUUGAGCGUGGUGCUGGAUGGUAUAAGGGGGAAGAGCUAUCUCUUGUGUUUGGAUGCGAGGGAUUUGAGUGAGAAGGGAAGGGCGGAGCUGGAUGGGCCUGUGGCGUUCACGUUUCAUGGGACGCAUAAGCGGGUAGGGCAGGUGGUGGCUAGCACGUAG